AUGUUCAACAUCACCCGAGACUUAAAAGAAACUCUUCGCCAGCACUUCAUCUUCCAGAAGCUGGAGAUCUCCUAUGCCAUAUGCAAGCCAUUUCCCUUCUUGGAAGGCCUCAGAGACAAAUCCUUCAUCUCUGAGAAAAUGUACACGGAGUCUAUGGAAGCCUGUAGAAAUAUGGUCCCUGUAUCCAAAGUGGUAUACAACAUUCUCACCAUACUGGAGGAUCCAUUUAAUCUGUCAUUUCUGGAAAUGUUGUUCAGUCAGAUCAAUCUACGGGAAUACCCCAACCUGGAGGCAAUUCACAGGAGCUUCAGAAAUGUUGUCACUUCCUGUGGAGGAUGGAGAAGAACUGUCUUUGAAGCCCCAGCCAACUCAACAGUUAGAAAUCCCCGUCGGAACCUGCUACCACUGCCUGCAGCCCAGCGCCCUCCACUGAGAUGCCCAACCCCUGUGCCCAGAGUCAGUCAGCCCAGAGCAAUCCCACAGCCAGGCAAUAAUGUCCUGGACAAGCCACCCAGCUCUGCUGGCCCUGCCAACGCUCUCCCAAGAGUCAUCCAGGAAGGAAGGACCACUCCAGUGGUCAACUUAACAUCCCACAAAAAUGAUGAAGAAGACUCACAACGGGUGCCCCGCACUUCCCCUGCUACUGUGCAAGUGUCCAGUGACCACCUGAUCCCUCAAGCAAAAGAUAAAGAAAAGGCUCAAGAGAUGCCCCAGGCUCCCUCAGCCCACGAGCCAGUAAUAAGAAAUGAUUCUCCUGAACCAAAUGAUCCAGUAGAGCCCCAGGAGGCAGCCAGCACACCUCUCCUCAGGAAAGGAAAGAAAAGAAAAAGAAGUAUGUGGUCAGUUCCUAAAAAGAGACAACAGAAAAAAAGACUUCCCAGAGGACUGACCUCACCUGGUCACAGAAUCCAAGAGAAGCUCCAAAUGGUGAAUCAGAAGACUCAAAGGAAGAAUGACUCAACCAAGAACUCAGAGGUGGUGAUAAGGACCCAAAAGGCAAAGACUAAAUGUGCCCAGACGUCUGGACCUGAGGAUCCCCUAGAUGAUGGAAGCAGACUGCCUCUGAGGAAAUCUCCGAGGAAAAAGGGAACCACCUCAUCUGUGCCCAGAACCCAACAGAAGCCUCAAAUGGUGGAUCAGGCAACUCAAAAUAACAACUCAACCAGAAACCCAAGAAUGAUGACAAGGGCCCAAAAGGCAAAGACUGAAUGUGCCCAAACAUCUGGACCUAAGGAAAAGAAAAAAAAAGAUGUCUGUUCCAGUUCAACAAUAAGUUGUCAGAAAAGUAUUCCCCAUAAGGAAAAACCCAAAGAUGAUGCUGUGGACUUUCAGUCUCCUAUACUUCCUGUGACCUGUGGUGGGGAGACGGGGAUUUUACAUAAGGAGAAAAUGAAAAAAGGACCCUCAGAGAAGUGCAUUCAGAAUGAGGAGGGAGUUUGGUUCACACCAAGAGAAUUUGAAAUUAAAGGAAGAGGAACAAAAUCAAAGCACUGGAAGCGGAAUGUGCGUUGCAAAGGACAGACCCUACAACAGCUGAUGGAGAAAGGAGUUUUAUUCUGUCCUCCAAGAAUAAAUUUCAAGAGAGAGUGGGAAAAUGCAAAUGAAUGUGUGGUGUGCUGUAGAGGGGGACAGCUGCUCAGCUGUGACGCCUGUCCACGAGCCUUUCAUGAAGACUGUCACAUCCCGCCUACAGAAGCUACGAGGAGCCCUUGGAGUUGCACCUUCUGCAGGAUGAAGGAGUCUUCAGGAAGUCAACAGUGUCUCAGAAGAUCUGAGGUCUUGACAAGGCAGAUGGGGCCUGAGGAGCAGCUGAAAUGUGAGUUCCUCCUCUUGAAGGCCUACUGUCACCCACAAAGUGCUUUUUUUGCAAAGACCCCUCGUAACAUCCGAGAUUAUGCUGAGCCCUUUAGGGAAGCCAUGUGGCUGGACCUGGUGAAGGAAAGGCUGGCUGAGAGAAUGUACUCAGUGGAAUGGUUUGUACGGGACAUACGCCUGAUCUUUCAUAACCACAAAACAUUUUAUAAGGCUUCUGACUUGGGUCAGAUAGGACUGGAUUUAGAGGCAAAUUUUGAAAAGGAUCUCAAAGAAGUGCUUAUAUUUUCAUGA